AGGUAUAUAAACAGUCCCAAACAGCUUUACGGUAUCUGCACACAGCUGACUAAACAAGAUGAAGCUCUGCAUCCUCCUCAUUUCCGGGACCCUGCUUGUCCUCACUCAUGGAAUGCCACCAAUCAGCAGAGACUACAACACACACUGCCGCUGCCUUCAGGUGGAGUCGAGGAUCAUCCCUCCGGACAACCUGAGGAGCAUCAAGCUCUUCCCCGAAGGGCCCCACUGCCCCGAUAUAGAAGUCAUAGCUGGACUGGCCAACGGGGAGAAAGUUUGCCUGAACCCUCGGUCCUCCUGGGUGAAGAAGCUGAUCCACUUUGUCCUCGAGAAGCAACUUCAUCAGCAGGGAGCGGCACUUCCAAAGAAUCGAGAAUAAUAUCUUGAUACAAAUGAACACAGUUUGCAAUUUCUGCGACAAUGAGCCAUGCUGUUUCACUUCAAUGAAUAACACUCAGGUUGUUUAAUUUUAAAUAACUUCUUUUUGUUGUUGGUGUCAUACCUCUUUUAACAUUUUUCUUUUUUUUAAAUGACAUUGAUUCUUGAUUAAUAUCGUCUAAGCGUUAGAAGUAUAAGUGCGUGAUUAUGUUAUGGAAGUCAAUGGAAAGUAAGCAAGAGUUGGAAGACUUUGUGUUCGGAAGGUAUUUAAUUGUGUGACUGUGCAGAAUGUUUUUGAAAGCAGACACUGUAUAUAGCAUGAAAUCUGUAAUAUUCUAUUAUGUAACAUCAUUCCUGUGUAACUGUGUGGAGCUUCUCCAACAAUAGCAAUGUGGGGCUUAAAAAACCCCCAAAUAAAAGGUUUAAAAAGUUAGGGGUCAGGAGAUAAUCUGUUUAAAACUUAAAGAUUGACAGUGUUGCUGACAAUAUCUCAUAUUAUGACCAGGUGAAUAGGUAUCUACUGCUGUGCUUGUUAAUAAAACCAACUAAUGUAAUUCAUGUGAUUGCAUUCAUCGCCUGCAAUUCUUAAGUUAUCAGUGUUUCUCUGUCAAAAAGACUAAUGUUUGCAGGCACAGUAGUUAAAGCCAAUCUAACUUAAAAAAGAAAAAACUUUAUUUAUCAAUGCAUGUGUGCCCUGUUUACACUCACACAGUUACACAGGGACAUUUGGGAGUUAAUGUCUCUGCUCAGGAUAAAGUGGGGAUUGAACCCUGAUGGCAGACUGUUGAAUUUAUGUAUAUUUCCCAAAUUCACAUAUUUGUCUCAGAUGACAUGACAAUUCUUAAGACAAAAAUAUU